AGCCUUGAAUGUGAUCCCAGCCCCGUGCGCCCAUGACUCUCUUGCAGACUCCGGGUCCUGCGGCGUUGCCCAAAGUCGCUGUGGAUGCCUACAAGACCAGGGCGCCCGCGUACACCAUGGCGGCCCGACCAAAACCUGCAGAGGGCAAAGCAGCGAAGCCCGGGCCGGCAGACUACAGCGUAGGCCGGGUGACACUGAUCAAGCCCCAGGCGCCUGCAUCCACUUUUGGAAUCCGGCAUUCCCUCUACACAACCCCUCUGAUUGUGGAAUAAAACAGCCAAGUCUGGAAGGCCGCCUUUGCUUGCCUGGGACAGGAGGGGACGGGAAGACACCAAUCAACUGCCGGUUUCCACUUGAUUCCAUUUCUAUCUAUCGACUUGGGCUUUUGCCCAUCUUACUCUUGAACGUUAGCAAGUGGAGUAAGUCAUCAAUAAAAUCAACUCAACACCUAUAUGUAUGCUUUCUUGUUACUCCUGUUUCCUCACCGCUGCACGCAGGAAUGCGCCAGCGCUUCCUGAAGCCUUUCAAACAUCGGUGCGUUGGGAACCGCUGA